GCGAGACGUGUCCUUUUUGUAUGGACGUCUAUGCCAGUGUUGAAUUACGUGAGGGUUAUUUGAUCGGUGAUACGUUUCGUAGUUCAUGUUUAGGCUGUUAUAAAUGUACAGAUGUAGGUGGACGCACGUGGUAUUCCGGCAACUGAGAAAAAAACCCGACUUAUUUGUGCCUGUUGAUCACAAAACGCACGUCUCCCCUCUCAAGCCCCGUUUCCAUUGACACUUUGGAGUCAACCCGGUUUGGGUGGGCUGGGGGCCACCAUGUUGCUAGGUAGCCAAUAUGUGACUACAGCUGGCUUCGCUAACUAACUUGGUACAUCACAUGUGCUGAGUACACCCAUUUCUAUGGAGGGAAAAGAUCAGAAAUUCCAAAGUCAAAUUUUCGACGUCUUCCAUUUGACCAUUGCAGCUUGUCUCUGCAGCCGUUUGAAUAUCCCAUGUGCACUCCCGAGGGAAUCGUCUUUGACCUGCUGAGCAUCGUUCCUUGGAUAAAGAAGUUUGGCACCAAUCCCAUCUCUGGAGAGAAACUGGAAGCGAAGUCCCUCAUCAAGCUAAACUUCGCCAAGAACAACGAUGGUAAAUACCACUGUCCCGUCCUGUACACAGUCUUCACAAACAACUCCCAUAUCGUCACCAACAAGCUCACUGGCAAUGUGUUCUCUCACGAGGCUGUGGAACAGCUCAACGUCAAGACGAAGAGUUACAGAGACCUGCUCUCUGAUGAACCUUUCACCAGACAGGACAUCAUCACCCUGCAGGAUCCAACCAACCUGGAUAAGUUCAAUGUCUCGGACUUCUUCCACGUCAAGAACAACCUCAAAGUACUGGACCCUGAUGAGGAGAAGGCUAAGCUGGACCCUGGUUACCACCUGAACAGUACGAACAUGGAGACCAGAGAGACCCUGGCUGAGCUCUAUAAGGAUUAUAAAGGAGACGCUCUACUGGCCUCCACCAUGAAGGAACCACAGGCCAAGAAGACCGACAAACUUAACGCGGCUCAUUACUCUACUGGCAGAGUGUCUGCUUCCUUCACCUCCACAGCCAUGACCCCUGCUACCGAACACACUGCAGAUGCCAUCUCAGAUGACACGGUGCGUUAUUCCUAUGUGAAGAAGAAAGGCUAUGUUCGCCUCCACACCAACAAGGGAGACAUCAACCUGGAGCUGUACUGUGACAAGGUUCCUAAAGCAGGAGAGAACUUCACCAAGCUGUGUAAGAAGGGUUACUACGACGGAACUGUUUUCCACAGAUCUAUCAGGAACUUCAUGAUCCAAGGAGGAGACCCAACUGGGACUGGUUUAGGAGGAGAGUCAUUCUGGGGUAAGCCCUUCAAAGAUGAGUUUCGUCCCAACCUGUCCCACACCGGACGAGGGGUUCUCAGCAUGGCCAACUCAGGACCCAACACCAACAAGUCCCAGUUCUUCAUCACCUUCCGGUCAUGUCCCUACCUGGACAGGAAACAUACCGUGUUUGGAAGGGUGGUGGGAGGCUUUGAGGCUCUGACAGCCAUGGAGAACAUAGAGGCUGAUCCUAAAACCGAUAAACCCAAGUCUGAGAUCAAGCUGCUGAGUGCCACUGUGUUCGUGGACCCGUAUGAAGAGGCAGAUGCCCAGAUUGCAGCGGAGCGUCAGAAGGAGUUUGAGAAGCAGGAGGAGGAUCGAGCUCAGACCAGUUUGUCUCAGAGGAAGACUAAAGCAGAUCAGGCUCCCAAGACCUUCAAGGCUGGCAUAGGGAAAUAUAUCAAUCCUGUGACCGCUACCACCACGAAACGUCCGGCAGUAGAGGACAGCGGACCGUCCACCAGCGGAGCCAAGAAGGUCAAAGGAAAGACUGGCUUUGGAGACUUCAGCUCCUGGUAACUCCGUGGACACACAGCCCCAUGGACACACAGCCCCAUGGACACACAGCCCCGUGGACACACAUCCCUGUGGACACACAGCCCCGUGGACACACAUCCCUGUGGACACACAGCCCCGUGGACACACAC